AUGCGAGAUCAACGAGCGCAAUCUCGCCGCCCUUGGAGGCCUAUAAAACGCCGUUGGAAGUUGCGCCUUCUGAGAGGCCGAAAAGUUUUUAUUCUUGCCAUUCUCCUCCUACUACAAUUGGUUUGUUUUCUCGCCUACACAUGGCACUCCCGCACAGUUCCAUAUGGACGAGAGGGCCCUGUUGUCGACAGUGAGGGUCAACGUAUUGUCUUCCCAGGCGAAACAGAACCACGGCAUUCAGAUGAUAUUACAGUCAUCACAUCUUUACAGACAUAUACACAUGCAGAGUUGGAGAAGAAAUACGCCAAUAUGGACUUUGUAUACACAUUUGUAAAUGGUACAGAACCCAAUCAUGCAUAUCGUCGUAGUGUACUGCGUAAAUGUAGUGAAACGAUUAAACGAUUGGAAGAGGAAUAUUACGAGAAUGGAACCUUUACACAACCAUUCUGUUCAGGUGUAAAUAUGCUACCUCGAGCCAAGACAAACGCGGAUAUUCUGCGCAUCGUACAUGGAACGGUAGCCAAGUCCUCCAGUACUCGUGAUCGUGAACGGGAUGAACUGCGGUAUAGUAUUCGAAGUGUUGAACAACAUAUGCGGUGGCAUACGGGUCGUCUAAUGCUUGUUUCCCCUGGUCAUAACCCGUAUUGGGUUCACAGACCCAAUAAUUUUAUGUUAAGCGCCUGUAUAUCUAAUAAUAAGGAGGAAUUACGAGGUCGCCAUAAUCGUAUUACGACUAUUCAUCAAGAUGCUAUUAUGCCUUAUGGUCUUCGCCUUACAGUGGAUUCACAUACGAUUGAAAUGCAAUUAUUCCGUCUACGUAAUAUGACACCUAUUCAUGUAUUUUUAAAUGAUGAUUACUUUAUUAAUCGUGAUGUAAAAGUGGCAGAUCUUCUUAAUGAGUAUGGUGGUACCUAUGUACGUACAGAACGGGGUAUGUUACAGAAAGCCAUUCGUGCAGAUAAUGGUAGUUCAUGGAUUGGUGGUGUUUGGCAUACAAAUCUCUUUAACGUGGUGGAAUUGGAUGUGAAUGCCCAUAAUCAUCUUCCUUCUAAUCUUACCGAUCGCUGGAAAGAUGCUGGGUAUGAUGCUGAGCAAAAGAUUCCAGUUCCUGGCACAGAGGCCUAUAUACAUACCGCACGUCGAUAUAAACCGGAAAUACUUCCACAAAAGGCAUCGGCAAAACGUCCACGUUUCUUCGCCACACAUGCUCCUUUUGUAUAUUGUACAAGGAUGUUUGAAUACCUAAACACACGGUAUGAACGGGAAAUUGCCUACAACACCCUUCACAAUCGUGGUCGAAGAGCCAAUGACUUAUUUACACCUUUUGUAUAUAAUGCAUUUAUUAUGGCACGUCCAUGGCAAAGUUCUCCACGGUUUUUACCCUAUCUUAACGCUGUAAAAAUGAGUCGUGAACAGGGAAAAGAACUUCCAUCUCCUCUGAAGCUUGCCUUGGAUAACAAUGAUGCCUGUGCCCCUGCCACACUUCUGCGAAGACCAGCAUCAGAAGCGGCUUUUGCAAAAUUUGUUGAUGAUAUAGAACGUAAUAAAAAGUCAAUUCAGGAUUUAAAAGAAAGGAAUCCAUUAUUCUUUAAUAUAAAUGAUGGUUUUAGCGCUCCCAAUAGUACUUCCCAACUUCAAGAUUUCCUUGCAAACCUAUUUUUCCAACCUGUACGAGUAGAGCGUUCAACGGAAUCCAAUAUUCAGGAAGACUAUGAAGAAGUUUACAAAUCUCUGAUGGAGUUGCCUAUUGUCAUUUUCGCUUCCUACAGUGAGGCAUUCUGUCCGCUCGUCCGUAGUCUACAACUUGCCCUUCCAGAUCAUGAGGGAAUGAUAUUGUUAGUACGGGACACUCAAUUAGAUAAAGAAGGUGAAAGUGAUGAUCUCGCCGCGGUGCGGAAACGUGUAAAUCAUCGCGUGAUGAGUGCAGUACCUGUUACCCAGUGUACAUACAAUUCAAAAGUACAACAAAUCACACUCGGAGAGUGGAGAACACUUGGAGAAGAAGUACUUGAUGCUAUUGAUUCCCUCAAAGCGAAUAAAGAUAUAUCUGUUCCACUCCCUGGUGAUUAUAUCGGUGGUUCGGAUGUACGUGUAGCCGCUAUAUCCAUUGAUGCACGUACACGGCAUCCACUAGAUACUAUUCAAGCUGUCUCCCACGCUAUUCAAGUUCCAGGGCAGACCAUUGCCCUUGAGGACUUUGUACCCUUUCCUCUCAGUGAGGGGGGAGAGUCUUUCUUGUUACUAUCACUUGAAGAUGCGAAUCGCAAAGUGGUGCAUUGGGUGCAUGGGGCAUCGGAAACGGAUCUGCUGUUGACAUUUCCCCUACCAGUACCAGCAUAUGAGGAUCUUGAAGCGAAGGUGAAGUGGUCAGCAUGA